UUAGUGUGUCGUGACAGUCAAUGUUUAGUGAAAAGAGUGAUAAAUGCUGUUGUAUAAUUGAUAAACAUGAGAGGAAAAUAAUAUGUGGAAAUGUGUUUAAACCUCAGGCCUUUGUUGUAAUUAUGGAUAAAAGAAAAUAUUUUAUUUUUUCAAGGGGGGAAUAUUCAACACUGGACCAUACCAGGACCCAUUUUCACACUUGAGAGAUUACACUGAUGAAGAUGAUGAUGAUGAUUAUGACUCCCAAGAUGUAACAAGUGGGGGUGAGGAUAGCUUACCAGGUCUCGGUUACCGUGGUGACUUUAUCCAGUCACCACCCUUAUUGGAUAGCAGUUCACUGUCCCAGUCAUCAGAUUUUGACAAGAGUAGUGGUAAGGAUAGUGCAGUUGCUAGUGAAUCGGAGCAAAAGACCAGCUCAGAUAUGUCUGAAAACUACCAGGAUCUGUCUGUCUCAACAAGUAGCGACUCGGAGAGGGAAUUUCUACGUCAAAUCAAGAUGAGAAAACAUGACAGUCGUGAUAUUGGUUAUGGAAGUGAAAGUCAGUCAGAUGAAUUAGAUGGUCGCUACAAAGGAAUAACUUUCUCUGGCAUCAGUGGAAGGGUAAGGAAAACUUCGACAAAAUGUGGCGAUUAUUAUGCCACAGUUGCAGUAGAUACCAGUUCCACUGAUAAAACAGAAGGAUGGAUUUCUACAAAUCCUGAUCAUACUUGUGAUGAAUCAGAUAUCAAUGCCCAGAUCCAACAUGUUCUUAAACAAGAGGAGCCAGAAAUGGAGGAUAUACGUUACCUGAUUGAUCAGGCAGACAUUAUGGUUCAGCAGGGAAAUACUUUUAAUAAGUCAUUCUCCCCCCAGCGUACAGUAGCCAAUAAGGGCGAUGUUGCUACAGAUUCUCAACAAGAAUCAUCCUCCUCCUCUUCCGGAGCAAGAGAAAUGGUUGAUAAAGGUGUUGGAACUAUCGAGAGUUCAUGUGAUGCCAGUGAUGAAGAAAGUGGUGAAUCAGAUGGUCAUCAAGAAGAUGGAACGGAAACUAUGGACAGUGUUAUAGCCAGUGAAUACACUUCCGAUGAAAUGAGAAACAAUGUAAGGGACUAUUCAAAACUGCCAAAACUUUAUGAUACAAAUUCUUUAAGAACGAAAUUGAAAGGAAACAGAAAAGAUCGACCAUGGAGUGUUAUUGAAAUGACAGAUGUGAUGGGUCAGAAACCAUUAUCUAAUUCUGAUAGUGCUAUUGAUAAACUGACUGCUUUCAGCGACUCAGAAAUACCUUCAAACAAAUCUCGGAAAUCUCAAUCAUUAUCACCCACACUCUCUCGACAUCGAAUACGAAAGGCUCAAUGUGUUCAGAGGCCAGUUUCUCGAGAUUCCAUCCUGAAAAGAUCUCAAAUUGGGGCAAAAAGAAAACUAAAUCUUACCAUACCCAUUAACCAGCAUGACAAAACAUCAGGGACCGAAUCAUCGCAUAGUGCUUCAUGUAUAGUAACUCCAACAAACAAUGUUUAUAUUGAAUCUGUACAUAUGGAAAUAGAACCAAAGUCAAAUGAUGUAAACUCAGAGACAUUAGAACUUAACUCAGAGAUCAGUGCCUCAGGUGACGCCAAUGUAGUGCCUUUAACAGAAACAUGUACAUCAGAUGAUGAGGCUCUGACACCUGUGUCAGGUAAAAGUGGACUUAUAUCUACAUUACAGAAUGCCAGGUUCAGAUCCAGUGGUAGUAGCCAAGAGGAGACAGAUACCCAAGCAGAGCGUACUGUCGCGUCAGAGAUUGAUGACCCUAACAAUGAUGGGAACUUCUCAGAGAAUGCCUGGGACAAUUAUCAGGCUGCCUUAUACCCAACAGGAAGUGAAUCUCAGCCAGAGGAUGCAUUGACAUGGGAACCAGGGGAGAUGGAAUUUGAUGAUGAGUUUAGUCUGCCCCAGUCCACAAUCCUUGCCACGUUGCUAGCCAGGAGGUCUGAGGAGGAGUCAUACACCGGUGUUACACCAAAACUGGUACCAUCAAAUAAAGGUAAUUUUGAGGACAGUGACUCUGACAUAGAAGACUUGCAUCAUGUCCUAGAGGAAUCGAGAAUGCAGCUCAAGGUCGCAGAUAGGUCACUUAAGAAGAAAAGAAAAGACCCGCUCAAAACUGGACUGUAUCUAAACCCAGGAAAAUAUGGUGAAUUGUUGGCGACUAUAGAAACAAACAUUAAAUGUUUAGAGGCUAUAAGUCAGCAUCUUGACCAAGCUGACGUCACAGAGGCUGAUAUAAAAACUAUUCAAGAUCUGUUAUACCAGUGGGAGAAGUUACACGCCCUGGCAUCUGACAGACGUAACCAGUCUCAGGAAGUGAAGACAAUGUAUGCCACAUUCCUGUCUAUAGAAGGUGUGGCUACAGAAGGGGUACCAGAGGCCGAGAAAAGAAGGUUUAAAAGUAUGGAAGACCUCAAGGCAAAUAUUCUAGGUGUACAGGAUAAAAUAAAGUAUUUACAGUGUCAAAAGCAGAUAUUGGGUGACUUAAGAGUUGCCGUGACAACAUUCUCUACCCAGAAUCCUUCAGUGAACAUGGACGGUUUCCUGCUUCAGAUACAGAACACAGAGGACAAAAUAGAUGAGCUCAUGCAACAAUGUACAAAUCGUGUAUUAGAGCUGGAGCACAUACAAUAUGUAUGGCAGGAGUACAAAGAGACCAGAUCUGAGCUGGAAUUUUUGCUCACUCAAGAACGAGAGCUGCUGGAGAAGCUAGCAUUCUCACAGGAGAUUGAUGAGCAUGGGUCAAGGGUUGGAGUAGAUGAUGACCUUAAGAAGUUAAUAAACAACUUGGGUGUGUAUGAGGAGAAGUUGAUGACUCUACAGCGUUUACGUGGUGAGUUAAUGGACGUCUCUGACGAUGAGUUACAGACAGACCUCACAGCUAGUAUUGCUGAUAUACGUAAUCAACUGUACGUGGCACAGAGACAGUGUCAGGAGAUGAUGGACUCAGACUUAUUGGCUCGACAACUACAUGAGAAAGAUGUUGAACAAGAUUCUGGAAUGGAAGUUGAGGACAGAAUGGAGGUAGAUGAGGUCGAUUUCAUGUUUCAGAAGCCGGAAGUUGUUCCCAUGGAAACAGAAAAAUCUAGGAUCACUGAAGUAGUAAAACCAAAGAGGUCAGUUCCACAACUACCUGUGAAGAAGAGUUCAAGUGAUUGGCUGAAGUGGUUUCCAAUACAAGCCAUUGCCGUUGCUGUGUUUUUAGGGCUGCUUUACUUAUUUGCUCCAGAUUCUUUACACAAGUUACUAGAUUUUUCCUUAAGGUUUUCUCCAGAGCUGAAAUAUGUAGAUGGGCCCCCUCCUAUGUAAAUUUUUGAUGUAAAUAUCCUUAAACUAGUUGUAUAGGCCCUGGAUGGGUUAUAAAUAAAACAAGAGAUUGUGCUUGCCCUGUAUGUUGCAUAGUUGUACAGUGAAUAGGCCCUGGAAUGGCCCUGAAAGAUGCAAAAAUGUCCUAAAAAUGAGCGUGCAUUGAGGUGGGAAUAUGAAAACAGUGUUUGAUUGUUGUGAUAUUGAAUAAUAUGUUUCAAAAAUUAUGGUUUUGUAACCAUAAACAAAAAAAAGGGAAUGGGAAUGUAAAUUACUUGUUUAAAAGAGAGAAGAUUAUUUGUACAUAUACUUACUAUUGUAGAAAGAGAUGUAAAAACUUUGAUCAAUUGUUAAGGUUUUAAAAUGUACAAAAAUUAUGUGGUUGUGAGUUUCGCAUUUAACCAUACAAAUAUACACAUGGGUAAAAUGUAAAAGCUGUUGAUGUAUUAAGAUGGGCAUAUUAGCUAUGAGAUAGCUUUGAGGGAGGGAAUUAUAAUGGGUUUGUAUGGCAAAAGGGAGAGUACUGUAGGGUUUAUUAGUUUAGAGAAGUUUGCUGUACAGGGUAGCAUUAUUAAAAAACACUGUAAAUACCUCAUAUAUUUAUAAUUGAUUACUGCUGUUGAUUAAAUUAAUAAGUAGUUACUGUUAUUUAGUUUGCUUGAUAAUGAUAAAUAGCAUAGGCUGUAAACAAAAUCUUGUACAUUAUUACAUAUCAGGAUAGCACUUUGAAUAUGUAGACAAUUAAAGGUGCUUUAAUAAAUUUGAUCAGAAACAUAAAUUCUGUAUCAAGUUUUCAUAAGAAUAAGCAGUUAGUGACUUAAGUGAAAAAUGUUUUCAAGAGGACACUGCUUAUGUAAAAAAAGAGAUUUAUAUGAAAUACUUGGGUGACGAGAUAAGGUGGUUCCAGAAAUGUUGAGCCAUAAAGUAAACUGAAAAUCCUGGAUAUGACAGUCACAUGAUCAGUGACAAACCCCAUAUUUAUGACUUGUACCAGCAUGGAGGAGAUAAAAAGGGCACCUGACAUAGACAGUGAAGGAACACUGUCUGAGAAUACAGACAAAGGGAAAAUGUCUGAUCAAAGAACUCUGUGAGGUGGACAUAGGGGUGCCACUGUCUGACAAAAGAGAUCUGUGGUAUGGAAAAUGCAUUGUAUGAAAUGACAAAUUUUUAUUGUAUUGAUAAAGAAUUGAAAUGUCUGAAAGUUUGUUUAGAUACUCACAGUAUAGUGUUAUAAUAUGAUUAAUUAACAAUACAGAACAAUUUUAAUGUACAUGUCUUCUGUACAAUUAUUGAGAGAAGAAUUUAUUAUUUUUAAAAAUUUUUUAUGAACUAUAAGGAAGUAAAAAUAUAAAAUUAAGUGAAAACCCAUGUUGAAAAAAAAAAAAAAAAUAAGUUAAAUGUGUGAGAGAAGAAAUAUAAAAUUGAAAAAAAAAAGAAUAUAAAAAAAAACACAAAUUAUAACAGUAUACUGUGAGAAUUUUGUACACUUUGGUGAUUUUACAGAUUGAGUUAUUGUUGUUAAGAGUAAAAUUAUAAUUUUCACUAGAGUUCUAAAGGGUGCAACAGCACCAAAAUAAUGUACAGAGGUACAUACAUAUCCUACAGAGAGGAUAGGGAUAAUAGCAGUGCAAUAACACUGUUAAUUAGAUGUCCAUUAGAAAAUGUGACAUAGUUUUGCAACCUGUAUUCAUGGUUAGCUUAAUUAUACAAAAAUAGGUGCACAUACAAUGGACUGAAAGGUGCAUCACUGUUGCGGAGAGUGAUUUGAAUGGGUGAAUUAGUGGGGGCGGAUUAAAAGCAGUGCUAAUUGAUAGCCUGCAGUUGUGGAAAAAUGAAAUCCACACAUUAACUAUGAAAUACUAUGUGUUAGAGCUUUUAGCUCCACUAUAAUGCUGUUCAUAUUGUUGACAGUUAAUUGGUAAUCCAUUGAAAUUGGAUUGAAAUGCCAAGUUGCUGCCCCAGGUGAUUCAAGAUGAUAUGUAAUCACAAAAAAAAUCUGCUAAUUGCAGUUUUGACAGUCUGUGAAUUUGUUAAUAAUAAAAGCAGAUAGAUCGAGGAUGUAACCUUAAGCCUGAUUGGCUGGUUAUUUUGUCUGCUUGAUAUUUAUUGCAGAAUGGUGCUGCUUGAUUGAUUAUUAAAGAAAUGACUGUCGGUAUACUCCAUGCUGAAGAACAUGUUAUGUUUUGACUUGACGGUCUUUGAUUAUCAUCAGACAUGUUACCAUGUUAUGUGACGACAUUGAAAACAUUUUGAGUUGAAACAAUGGUUUCCUCCACAAUAAAUGUGAACUUUACAGAGUAUAUUGUUAAUACUUGGAAGUAAAAGUACUGCAUCUGCUUCGAAAGCAAUCAAGUUUGGAAAAAGCCUUUAAAGAGGUGAUCAUGAUGAAAGAUAUUGGAAAGAUAAAGUUUCAUUGUGAAUAUUGUAAAAAGUGGAAACUUGUGUACGAAAAUAAAAUAAAAAAGUAAAAAAUGUGUGGAAAAAAAAAAUGAUAAAAAUAUCCGAUGAGCAUACAGAUUUCAUUUUGGAUGUAGAUGUUUUAUUUAAUCUAACAAAGUUUAGAAAAUAGUCUUAUCUUAAUUUGCAGGGGAAAAACUCUUGAUAUCUAAUCAAAAUGUAGUAAAGGGUUAUUUGUAUUGGUAAAAAACAACAACAACUACAGAAAAUCUGUAUGGUCAUUGUAAGGAUUGAAAAUGGAAACAAAUAUUCUAGAUUUGAAAAUGAAAUUUAAAUUUUUUUUAUUGAAUAUAGGCAAAACAAUUGUUUUCAGAAUUAAGUUUCAACCAAUAUACAAAGUUAAAAAGAGUUUCCAUUUUCAAUCAAUUUGGCAAAUAUUGUAUCAUUCAUUGAGAAUGGCAUUUUUUUAUUCAAAUGUGACAUGAAUCAUAUUUGCUAUUUUGAAAUCAUAUACUAUGAAAAAGUGGGAGGGGGGGGGGGAGUGUAGAAAGGGGUAAAGUAUAGAGUAGAACUGCACUUUUUUCGAGGGAGAGAGAAACUGACCGAUGCUUGCUUUGUGAACACAGAAGUAUAUCAAGUAUUUGGUGCAAAGAUUGCCUAUGAAUAAUGUACAUGUAUAUAUAUACUGUAUUGUGUGUUUGAAUGGUUAUUUAUUGUUCAAAGUGCCUAAGACAAGCUGUUUUGCAGGUAACUUACCAUUGCCAUAUAUAGAGUGAUUAAUACUCUAGUACAUUAAUUCCAUUUAAUAAACAGAUACAGUCAUGACAGCUUUUUAACCUAUAAAAAAUAUAAUCAUCCAAAAGGUUAAAACUAACCUAUAAAAAAAAUAAUCAUACAAAAGGUUAAAACAUCGAAAUAAUUUAAAACUUUUGAACUGUUCUUUUUUAAAUUUUAUGUACCAAAACAUAAGACAAUAGCAAAAAAUAAAAUUAAAUCAUUUUUUCCAAGAUUUACACAUUUGUAAGGAAAAUAGCAUAUAUUUUAAUAAAACAAAAUUCGUAAGGAUGUGAAUAUGAGAUUUAACGAAAAAAAUGGUAAAGAACAACAACAUUAUUUUUUUGCACAUUUGUAUCAUGUUUACCUCAUUCAUGUUGAUAAACUCGUAUGAAAUAUGUCAAAAUGGCCUAUGCACAUUUAAUUAAAAAUAAAAGACAUGGUUGCAACGUUAAAAUCAGGAUCUGCAUGAAUUUUUGUAACAUGCAAUAUUGUUUUGAAUCAGCAUUGGAUCAUAUUAACUGUUACAUGUAUGUGUAUAUGGUUUUUUGUCCUAAGUUAUUAUUUGAUCUGUUAUUAGUUUGGGUAUUGAUUGAUUUAUUCAUUGAUUUAUUGAUUGAUGUAUUGAUUUAAUUCUCAUAUUCAAGGCAGCAAAUGUGCAUGUGUGUGUAUUCAUAUGCAUUCACUUAUGUGUGUGUUUUUCUUCUACUAUAUGAUUAAUAUCAAUUUCCCCAGAACUAUUUGGUGUAUAUUGUUUUUAUAAAUAAAAAAAUUAAGCAGAAACAAAGUUUUGAUUUGUUCAAUGUCAUCUAUAUGUUAUUAACAUCCAAUAUUUCAUAAUUAUCAAAUUUAAUCAAUUUAUGAAGAAAUCCUAUUUUUUAUUCAAUUUGAAUAUUUUGUCUACUCCUUUAUCUGGUGCUAUGGGGCAUUAUUUCAUUUCAUCUUAGAGUGAAUAGACCAUCACUGUUUCUAAUUCAGAAGAGUUCAUUAUCAUAAGGUUUGUCUGUGUAAUAAAUCAUGAUAUAAAUUGACCUGUAUCACCUAUAUUUCGCAAUGGAUUGAUUGCUGUAUUUUUUCAAGACCUGAGAAUGAACAGCAGUGCUAUUGUAUGCUAAUAAUAGACAAGAAACCAUUUUUAGAACAUGAAGAUUCAGCACACCAUAUACAACAAUAUAUAAACUCACUGUUAACAAGAAUUAGACACCAUCUUUAAUUGUCAAUUAUUGUAUUAUCUGUCUCAUUUUAUAAUUGUUUGACAUACAUUUAAUGCCUGAAAAAACACCAGAUGUUGCUUUUAUUCCCCCCUUUUCUGUGUUUGAUUAUUUUUUCCUAUAAUGUUUUUUUAAAAGGAAAUACAUGUGUAGGUUGUGACAAUUUGCUUUUUUAUACUAAAAAAAAUAUGUAUGAUUUUAUUUUAUAUACAUGUAUGCAUUUAUUGCUGUUCUAAGCUUAAGUUGUUUACCUGAUAUUAUUUCAAGCCUAAAUGUUAUAAUUUAUUAAGUGAUGAAAAGGAAUACUCUUUAGGCAUAAUUAUGAUAUACCUGUGUAUUUUCAACUUUCCAAGCUUCAUCGGACAUUAUUAUUUACAGAUAUUCACUUGUAAUGUUAGUAAACUUUGAUCAUUUAGUUAGUGAUUUUUUAAGAGAUUUUUAUUUGUUGAAAAUUUUUAUACGAGAGUUUUUUCCUCCCAUUUUUUUAUUCAAAACAUUUUUAUUUCAUUUGGUUGUUGUUAUACAUGAGGGUGAGUGCAAUGGGUUAUUCUUUGUUAUUUGUCCGUCUGUCUAUCUGUCUGUUUUCAUUGGUCGUUUCUUUGCAGUUUUUUUAUUGUGAUAUGUAAGUGAUAUUUAAUGAUGUGGAAGAAACAGUGACCCAAGUCAUGUAAAUUUUCCCCUUAAAUAAAUGUUCAGCUCUGGAGAAUUACCGUACCCCUUCUCUUUAAAAAAAAAUGUUCAUUUUCUUUGACUUUUGUACUGAUAUAUUUAUGACUUUGUAAGGAAGGUAACCUAUUUUUUGCAAAUUCAAAUAUAUCUAUUUUCGAAUGAUUACAUAACAACCAUAUUUUUUAAUGAAGAACUAAAGGCAGUUAAAAAUUUUUAUUUCGGUGGAUAUCUUUUUAAUAAUUGUUAGUAUCUGGUGGUUAAACAAAUCAGAUUUAUUGCCAGUUGAAUAUUAUGAUUAUGAUUGUUUCACAUUUAAUGUUUUCUUUUAAUAUUUAUUACAAAAUCGUAUUUAUUUUCUUCACUUAUUUAGGUGAAUAACUUUUGACAUUCCCAUGGGCUUUUAAAUGUUAUCUCUUUUUAUGAACUUUACUGAUUAGUGCUGAUGUAAGUGAUAUAUAUGUUUCGUUUCCCUGGUAACGGUGAAGUUUAUUUUUGAUUGAUGUUCAUGUAUAUUUUGCUUUUUUCAUGUCAUAUAUACACAAUAUUGCAUAAAUUAUAUAUACAUGUUUAAUAUAUACAAGAAAAAACAUUGUUUAUGUGGAAAUCUGAUAUAUGUUGUUACUUUAAAUGUUUUAAUGCAGCUGGAUAUAGCAAUGUAAGUAUAAAAAUAAGAAAAACCAUUUAAAGAAGAAAAUAUAUCUUUUAAAAAUUAUAUUUUGGAAAAUCUUAAUAGCUAAAUGAUGAAUCUGCAUGAAUUUAACAACUUUACUACAGUAUAUUUAUGACAACUUUGAUAUAUGAAUUCUGAUGAGGAAAAAAGAAAUAAAAAGCAGUACCACAUUCA